GGCGACGCCGCUCAGACCCGCCACCCACUCUUUGUCCUCGUACCUCAGCGCCACAAUGUUUCCCUCAGACAUCGAAGACAUCUUGAUGGGUGCGAGGGAGAGGUUCAAUCCCAAGACUGCCCCUGCGCUCCUCUCCUCGAUUCUGCACAUCUUUUUCCGCGAGCGGUCCCAACCACUAGACCCCGACUACGUGUCGGAGGCUGCUUGCGCCGCGUUACUGACAAGGCAGUCCGGACUAUACGCGCUCAUUGAAAGGGCUGUCACUGACGGAGACGGUCAUAUCUUAUGGGAUUGUGACGUGCUGGCCUUCCGAGAUGUCGAAUUACGCACACGUCGGCCCCUCGGCCAACAGGAAGAAGGCGCCGAAAUUGUGCUGAAGGAACUACUUGAACGCCAUCGUACCUUUCUAUCCGCCUUUGCGAAUGCACCCCAACCGUCUGAGCCGUGGAAACCGCCACCCUCUCACCGUGCUUCUCGCCAUUUUGACUUCAUCAGCUCACUGAAACUCCCGAUUGCCACGUCCGAAAGACCUUCCCUUCUGCUCCAUGAUUUAGGGAAAGACCUUGAUCCAGACACGGCCGACAACUUGCGCAAUAUAUUCUCUGGAGAAAACGUUCUAUUCCACAACGCAUUUGGUACCGGGAAGACUCGCCUCAUCUUCGAAGGUCUCUGCAAGCGAUGGGGCUUUUACAUUCCUUGCGCGCUCGACCGAGAUCGUGUUGGUUCUCACGAUUUACCCGCAUUCCUCAGAAUGGACACAAUGUUUACAAGCAUGCUCCAACGCUACGGGCCGUGGACGGAAAUCCAGGUGGCCCAGAAUCGCAGCAUAGUGCAGAGUCUCUUCUCGCGUGUUCUCCUCAGUCGGAUGAUUGUUUUCAGAGCGUUCUUGGAUGUCUUAGAGGACAAAACAUCUACGGAAGGCCCUUCCCGGUGGCUGCUCCUGCAGGCCCGGAUGCUCAGCUUGGACCCUAAGGAUCUCUUCGACCGCGUCACGACCGUGCUAUCCAACUUCAUAACCAACUAUAUCAUCGAUAUGACGGCCGAUCUUCUCCUGGACAUCAAAGCCCGUCUUGGCCGGUCAGCCACUCCACUGUUCUGCGUUAUGGACAAGUGCGAGUGUGCCGACGAUAUGUUCCGCGGUGCCUUCGGUCCAGACUCGACGCUGUUGCGGGAGCUCGCGCGUUCCUCAGACAGAUACGAGGGAAUGGUACUCAUACUCUCGGGCUCAAACAUUACGCUUGAGCCUUUCAAAAACUCGCGUCAACCUCGCUACUCCGUUUACACACGCACCAAAGCUCUCUGCAGUCCAGACGCUCAGCGCAACUACAUUGAACGAUAUCUACCUCCGACUUUGGCCCAAUCCGAAACCGGAAAGGAGCUCAUAGAGCGCUUGUGGCGGUGGCUCCGUGGUCGUUACGGAUUCACGGCGUCCUAUAUCAUUUGUCUGUAUAUGUCAAAUUUCGACAAACCUCUUGUACUACUCGAUUCAUUCAUCACGACGGUCAUGUGUAUAGACCCUCCGCACGUAUCCAAGGCGAAGCUGCGCACUCUGAAAGGCACAAGUCGUGAUGUAGUCCGCUUUUUUAGAGAUGCAAGUCAUGGUCUACUUCCCGGAGACUGGCAAAUCAGCCUGGCGGCAAGAUCCGCCAUUUUCAAAGUCGUCCUCACCGGCGAAGAUCAGGUCCGGUUUACAGACGCCUGCGCGCUUCCGCUAGUCGAACACGGAGUCGCGCGUUUUGUGGACUCUGCGGGCAAAGAGGCACUCGUCCACGAACCACGCGUGCUCUUGCGCCUGAUGGACCUCUUGUUCGCGGACCCAGACGAUGAGCAAGGUUUCCAGCCCGACGAGCUUUUGGGCUUACUCCGCGAGGCACCCAUACAUAGCACCUUCCAUCUCGAGUGCGUCGUCAUUCUGAUGCAUGCUCUCUCGGGGCGCGCGCAUCGGUUGAGCGAGCUAUUCGACUUUCCGGGAAUCGAGCCGCCGUGGGCAACGCAGAAGGUGCGCCUGGUGCGCCUCGUGAACGUUGGCCCGGCCAGGCAUCCGCGUGCGAUUAUGUGUCAAUCCACCUUGUCGACGAUGCAUCGCGGGGAGUACUGGGCGACUGAUUCGACGCAAUGGCUCAGCCGCGAAGCAAGCACGCCCUUCUGCCUGUCAUCGGGUUUCAGCAACGCCGACCUAUUGUUCGUGCUGAGGCUCGAAGACGGGCGGUGCUUUCAUGUUGCUCUCGCGGCGCUGUUCAAGAACGAACACGUCGAUGCUCCUGCGAAGGCUAUCCAGGCCAAGUUGGCGCAAUUGGCCCCUCAGAAACUCUUCAAGCUCGGCAGGACGCGCUCGGCGAGCGGUCUGCGGCUUCCCGCCCUGGCCCGCCAGGUCGAGGAGGCAGGGGACCCGCCACUGCUUCGCGUCGUCGCGACCUACCCGCACGAGAUGGACAUCAACGAUAUCAAGCGGGAUGGCAUUUCUCAGCCCAUCGCCGCCAUUCGCACGACAUACUUGCGCGAGUACGCGCAGAAAAUCGAUAUGAAAGACCUCCUGCGACGCCUCCAGGACGUCAUGACCGUGCCGCCACCCGCGCCAGCGACGCGCACGCGGAAGAGGACCCGUGCGGCGGCGGCAGUACCGACGGACAUCUCGAAGCGACCGCGGACGCGAUCGAUGACCAGGGGUAUGGAGGAGGCAGCCGCGCCGCGAGCGCAGGCUCGAGCUGCGACUACGAAUCGGCGUACUCACACAGGGAGCGCGUCUCAAGCGCCAGCGUUGCCCUUGCCGAGCACGCGGGCAUCGGCGCCUGGAAGUCCUCACCGAAGGCGUUGAAGACUGGCCCACACAUUGUCGACAUUCGAAAAGACUUUUUCUCCCGUCGCUAUACGUGCGUUCAGGCUACCUCAUACUCUUGCGUUCUUUCUUCGCGUUUCUGGCUGAUCUGCCUGUCGCACUUGUCGUUUGCAACUCAUGGAUACUUCAAUCUUCCUGCGAUGAAUACCCUCGACCGAGUGUAUCCGCUUCAAAAUUCUUUCCUUCGUACUUC